CCUCACUGUAUGGCACCCACACUGUUUUAAAAGACUACACGAUUCCAAAGCAUCUGCAUCAGCUGAUGAAAGUGAAGAGGAUGAAAUGUCAUCUGGAGAUGAAUAUGUUCACUGUUCUGCAUCAGAUAUGGAAACUGACAGUGAACCGGAAAAUGCAGUUAGGAGUCCGCUAGAUAUGCUUACUGCAGAUAAGAUGACAGCUCCAACAGAUGAAAAUUCACUUUCCAUUGACUGCACAGCAAUACACAAUACAACAUCAAACAAAACACAAUACACGGAACUUCUCAACAAAUCCUCAAAAGAUGAGAAGUCAACCACUCUAGCUAAAGCAGGACUGAAUUUUUGCUUUGUUUGUGGGGAGCCACAGUCCAAAAUAGCAAGACACUUCAAAGUCCAUGCUAAAGAGGAUAUGGAGAUAGCCAAAGCACUUAGUUUACCUGCACGAUCCAAGAAAAGGAAACAACUGCUUAAAGUCCUUAGAAACAGAGGCAACUUUAAUCACAACAGUUGUGUUUUUAGAAAUGGAGAAGGUGCCAUAAAAGUAAAACGACGGGCAGUUCAACAGACAGAAUCGGCACACAAAAACUAUGAAUUUUGUUUAUAUUGCAAGGGAAUGUUUGUGCGACAGGAGCUGUGGCGGCACAUGAAGCGAUGCCAAUCUAAACCAGCCAAGUCAGAUGAUUCUGCUGGGGGCAGACACAGAGUUCUUACCAUUGCAGCAGUGGCUAAAUCUGCUUUCUCUGGUCAAGUUGAUGAUGGGCUAAUGAAAGUACUAAGUCAGAUGAAUGAUGAUGAAAUUGCUCGUGUGGUGAGAAAUGAUUUUGGCCUUCUUCAAUUUGCUCAGUCACUAUAUAAUCGGCAUGGGUUUAACAAAACAAAGCAUGAAUACAUACGUCAGAAGGUUCGUGAGCUUGCAAGAUUCAUACUUGCAUUGCGUAAAAAAUGUCCAUCUGUCACUCUGGAAGAUGCCAUGAAGCCAGCAAAUUUCAUGAAUGUCAUAGACGCAGUUAAAGAUACAGCAGGCUUCAACCAAGACACACAUUCUUAUCAAACACCAAGCCUUGCUUUGAAAAUUGGACACUCCCUCCUGAAAGUUAGCGAGAUUCUUCACUGCCGUGCUCUUAUUGCUGAAGACGCAGAGUUGACCAACAGUGCAAAGGCAUUCCAAAAGCUGUAUAAGACGAAGUGGUCUGAAUACAUAUCUCAUAAAGCUUUAUGCACCAUCAGUGAUUUAAAGUACAACAAGCCCACCAAAUUACCACUCACUCAAGACAUCGACAAGCUUAACGACUAUCUACAGAGAAGUGCGGAAUCAGCCUUUCAAGAGCUUAGCCAAAACACAACAGAGCACAACUACGCAUGUCUGGCCAGCCUUGCUUUGAAAAUUGGACACUCCCUCCUGAAAGUUAGCGAGAUUCUUCACUGCCGUGCUCUUAUUGCUGAAGACGCAGAGUUGACCAACAGUGCAAAGGCAUUCCAAAAGCUGUAUAAGACGAAGUGGUCUGAAUACAUAUCUCAUAAAGCUUUAUGCACCAUCAGUGAUUUAAAGUACAACAAGCCCACCAAAUUACCACUCACUCAAGACAUCGACAAGCUUAACGACUAUCUACAGAGAAGUGCGGAAUCAGCCUUUCAAGAGCUUAGCCAAAACACAACAGAGCACAACUACGCAUGUCUGGCCAGGCUAACAUUGACUAGGAUCAUUCUUUUCAACAGACGUCGUGUGGGAGAGGUCUCGAAGAUGCCCUUAAAAAAUUUCCUUCAAAGAGAUGACUCUUACGCAUUUGAAGAGCUGGGACUUUCUGCCUAUGAGAAGCAUCUGUGCAAGUAUUUCACAAGAGUUGAGCUAAAGGGAAAGCGAGGAAGAAAAGUUGCUGUUUUACUUAACCCAGACAUCACAAAAGCUCUGGAACUGCUUGUUGAGAAACGGAAACAAUGUGGUGUUCUGCAAGACAAUGAAUACCUUUUUGCAGCACCAAAAGGCAAUAGCUGCUACAGAGGACAUGACUGUCUUAAAAAGUUUGCUGCUGAGUGUGGAGCAAGUCAUCCAGAGUACCUAAGAUCCACACAGCUAAGAAAACAAGUGGCAACAACGUCUCAAAUUCUGAAUCUAAAACACAAUGAACUGGACCAACUGGCAGACUUUUUAGGCCACAAUAUAAGUGUGCAUCGUGAAUAUUAUAGACUACCUGAUGCAACUGUUCAGGUGGCCAAAAUUUCAAAACUGCUUUUAGCCCUUGAAAAGGGAAUGCUGCCAGAACUGAGAGGGAAAACUCUUGAUGAAAUCAAAGACUUUACAGAUGAAGAUGAUGAUCAGGAUGACAGUGAUGAAGACACCAGUGGGACCAGACCUCAACAUAUAACCUCUGGAAAUGCUGACUUUACAGAUGAAGAUGAUGAUCAGGAUGACAGUGAUGAAGACACCAGUGGGACCAGACCUCAACAUAUAACCUCUGGAAAUGCUGGUAAAAAGACAGGAGGGGAGCCAGGGGGAGCCAGUUCAUCCAGUAAAAAUGCAGAGCUGGAAAGACAAAAAACAAAGAGAACCUAUGUAAAAAGACCAUGGGCCCCUUCAGAAAUAAAAUCCGCAAUGAAAUUCUUUGGAGAGCACAUCAAAAAGGGGAAGCUUGCAACGUUACCUGAGUGUGAGGCUUGCAAGAAGGCAGAACACCCGGUUCUUGACUCUCGAACCAUACAAAACAUUAGAGACUAUGUGCGGAAUAAGGGCAUAGCUCACAAGCGGCAGACAUGUUUUUAAUCAUAUCUAUAUGCAGUGUAUCAAGCUGGUGUCCCACUUGGACAAUUUUACUGUUCUAAGAUUUGUUCUCAUGUUUUAGCUGGUUUUAAAGAGUUUUAAAUGUUAUUAUACUUUUUCAAUAUCAAUUGUUAGA